GAUUUUCAUUUAGAGGUGAAAGAAUCUAACCGAUUGCAAGAGAAGGAAUAUUUCACAAGCAUUUUCUCAGACGACGGACAUUCGGUUUGUGAUUGUCGCUGAGGUAGUCGUCUAUUUGGGCUAAAUGGAAGUGUCUUACAUCCGAUAUGAAGUUAAUGUUCUUUAACGUCCUUUUGAACUCGUCCCAAUGGCUUCAAAUGUUGACGAGUUCACUGGAUUUCGCCCCCAUUGCGGCACCUGGAACGGAUGUCAUUGGCUGCUGUGUUGUCCGCAUUUGUUCCAGCAGGAUUCACUUGUAUCUGGAACUUCUUCUACCUGAAGCCACUGGAAGAGCACGUCUGAUUCACCUUAUAAACUUUAGAACUCCGCGCUACGUUUUGGGCGCUGCCAAGUUGUUGCGAUGGUUUCCUCUGUCUGGCAAUCGACACGCAUGCCUACGCCAACAAGUAAAGAAGCUUAAGGUGGUGCCAUUAGGGUCUACUUAUUUCCUUCUUCUGGUAUGUACACCAUGUCGUCAUUAUUAUUUCGGAUUUUGCUGUCUAAGAUUAUGGUUUCAUUUAAUGUGGGCAACCUCCUGAUUGUCCCAUUUUUUUUCUUUACCAAUUUCAUGCGGCUGUCGAUGACGUGAACAAGAUCACUACCUACUUUUUCUAGUGGCAAAUUUUACGAUUCAAUUCAUUGCUAUUUGUUUCUUAGA